AGUUUCACGCCGAGGACUUCCGCGCUGACGGACUGGAAUGACAUAAUGGUAAACAGAGUAAGAGAACGGCCCAGACGCUGUCCGCCGUCUGACCUCAUAACCACCUGACAACUGAAAACAGAACAUUGAUUUCAGUGUCAGCACAGCAAAUUUCUAAUCAGGCAUCUUUGUGUGUUCACGGAAGAAAGAAGCAAAUUUUCAGAACUGGAAAAGGAAAAGCGGAAGACAUCUUCAGUCGGACUUCUAGCAACUAUUUGAGAAAUUCUCAGACAUCCUGAAGAUGGUUCUUCUAUUCAUACCUGACUCUAAUGUCCAGAAGACUCUGCUAUGUCCUUGUAAAUGCUAGUUUUGCUUAGUGGUCAUGAUUGCAGGGCUUUUGUUCCUGUUCUGGAAAACUCUCUUGCUACAAGAUUAGUUACUCAGGGGAAGUGCCGUCCUUUCACAGCCAUGGAGGGCCUUGAGCAGCUUGAUGUGGUGGGUGACAUCAGCCCAGCUCUGGAAGCAACCGAGGACUUCAUCCACUCCAUGGCUGGGAUCCAGGGUCAAGGCCCGAGCCUCGCUCAAUCGAGCAACCGCCAGCCUGCGAGGGCGCCCAAGCAGCUACAGGACGUGUCCGGCGCCGCUCUGGGCAAGCUGAGCUCCAGCGGCGUGUGGAACCUGCUGGCCGGAGAGCAGCCGGAGGUGGGGCCCCUCGGCCUGGCCUGGGCCGACAAUUUCAGCGUUCUGGGCCUGGGGAUGGGCUUGAGGCACGGGAAGAGGAGCCGGGCGCGCUCCACCAACGACCUGGUGGCCCACAUGCAGGAGUGCGCCAACAACGCAGGAAACGCCUCGUCGAAGUCGGUGUUUAAGAAAGGACACAAUCGGUCCAGGUCGGACGUCAACUACCGUCCGUCUGCGUACACGGACAACGGGCUGCCCGCGGUGGACUGCGACACGCUGAAGAACAUGAUCCUCAACCAGCAGCAGGACGUUGACAAGAGCAGCAGCAGCAGCGUGGUGAAGCAAGGCGAGAUGGAGCAGCGCGAAGGCCCACGGGGCCGUUGGGCAUCCUGCUACGUUGAGCUGACUCCCUGUGAGCUGCGGCUCUAUACUCUGGACAGCAGUGCCAAUCGCCAACUGGGCACUGCCUACUCUCUGUCGCACUGCCAGAGCGUCAUCGCCCCGGCACCCUGCAGCCAGUCCAGUCAGAUGAGCCAGCCUGGCGACAAGCGCACACUCCAGGCCUUGUUCUUCAACAGCACACGUCUCCAGCUGAGGGCGGCCAACCAGUGGGAGGCGAUGGAGUGGCGGCGGCUGAUGUGGGAGAAGGUUCAGGCAGCGAGGCCAGCGCGGCAGGACAACCGCAAGCAUAAGAAUAGCGUGGAGAUUCAGCAGAUGUUUCCCGUACCAAUGUCUCCGUCCUCGUCGCCCUCUCCCUCUGGGCUCGACACCCGACCCGACGGGGAUAGCGACACCCCAACUUCAUCCGAGGCGUCGCUUUCUGUGAACUCUGGAGUGUUGAGUCGGCCAACCACCCUCCCUCUGUUUAACCAGCGCUUCCAGGAUGUGCUGAAAGCUGGACUUCUCCACUUGCUGAUGGAUCAGAACAACUGGCGGCCCUUCACCUUUGUCUUGACGAGAUCUGCUCUCCAAGCUUUUCCGACUGAAGGCAGGGGGUCCGUAUCCCAACCGGUCCUCCAGUUCUCCCUAGCUUCCUGCUCGUCAGUACAACAGGAUCUCGUACCAGAGGCCGGAGAGUCGUGGGCGGAUAAAUGGCAGUGUUUCCAGGCCGCUUUCCCCAAACAGAUCCUCAAGCUCAAGGCGGAUGAUCACCUGAAAGCCCAGGAAUGGGUGGAGGCGCUGCGGCAGGCGGUGGCCGCGCAGAAGCCCACGCAAGAGGACAAGAGAGAAUCAGACGGACCUCCCGGUCUCCAAGGAGUGUUGUUGAGGUCCAAACCAUCAAGGGACAGGAGGCAGAAGGAGGCCCAGAGAGCCAAGCGGCAGUCCGUCACCACCAGUUUCCUCAGUAUUCUCACCUGCCUGGCUGUGGAGAAGGGGCUCACCGCUCAGAGCUUCAGGUGUGCAGGCUGUCAGCGUCCGGUCGGCCUGUCCAAAGGAAAGGCCAAAGUUUGCUACUACAGCGGCUGGUACUACUGCCAGAGCUGCCAUCAGGACAACUCCUUCCUCAUCCCCGCGCGGCUGCUGCACAACUGGGACACCAGUAAACACAAGGUGUCCAAACAGGCCAAGGAGUUCCUGGAGUUUGUGUACGAGGAGCCGCUGCUGGACAUCCAGCAGCUCAACCCCUGCCUGUACGAACACUGUGAAGCGUUGAGCUCGGUGCUGCGCCUCCGUCAGCAGCUCCAGUCGCUCAGGGCCUACCUGUUCAGCUGCAGGGCGACGGUCGCCGAAGACCUGAGGCGACGGAUUUUUCCCAGGGAAUACCUUCUACAGCACAUCCACCUGUACUCUCUGGCCGACCUGCAGCAGGUGAUCGACGGGAAACUGGCCCCCUUCCUGUCCAAGGUGAUCAAAUUCGCCAGCUCCCACGUGUUCGGCUGCAGCCUGUGUCGAGAGAAGGGCUUCAUCUGCGAGCUGUGCCAGAACGGACAGGUCAUCUACCCCUUUCAGGAGAAUGUCACGCGAAGGUGUGACGGCUGCGGCGCCGUUUUCCACGCGGAGUGUCGUCAGAAAGCCCAGCCGUGUCCCCGCUGCGUCCGCAGAGAGCUCCACCACAAGCGGCCGUCGUCCUUCUGGUCGCCCGACGACGACAGCCCCGGCUGCUUUCACCUGCCGUACCAAGACACCUGAGGUCGGCUGCCGCAAGCACAGGGGCCAGGAGCAAACGAGCCGACAUGCAGCCGCCACACGGGACAAAGGGCCUGUGUUUUGUUUUGUUUUGGGGUUUUUUUAUUCCUGCAUCUGCAGGUUGGAGCUCGCUGCAGCUUUUUGACCACAGUACAGAUGCAGCUGCGGAGCUUCCUGCGUCGUUCUGUACUGAAGGAGAAAAGAACUGAAUGCUGCGUAAGACUCUGCAGGCCCGAGUUCUCGUUGCUCUCUACUCACAUCCUCUGCUCCCCAUCUUCACUUACCUCCCGCUCCAGGUUAAACACAACAAAUCACAGCCGAUGACACCAGGAAGUGCAGAAACCUGGCCGCUUGUCGUAACCUCUUAGAAACGAAACCGUUAGUCAGCACACAGGACGACGAAGCAAAGCACAAAAUCCGCUGCUUCUCUUUUCCCGACAUGAGGAGCCUGCUGAUGCUUUUUGAUUAUUUUUUUUUUUCAUCCUAGAUUAAAAAAUAGCAGAGGAAAAUGGAUUCAUCCAUCAUGGAUUAAAAAGAGAAACAAAAUAUAUCUGCUCUUAAGUGCUUUAAGCCUUCCGAGAAUAUUGUUGCACUCUGUAGCCUCUAAAUCACGCAGAGAAUUAGCCAUUAGAAAUCAUAGUGGGGGAGUUGUGUCUGUCUUGAAGCAAUACUCCGGUGCUUUUAGGUACCAUGAAGGUUGACCGGCGGUAAUCUUCCUCCUCCUCGUUCCCACCGUUAAACUGGUCAUUAGCCGUCCUGAAAAAGUAUGAAAUACGGUGUGGAAAAAGUCUUUUUUUUUUUUUUUUACAUUCAUUUCUAGAUAAAGUUGAUCUUUUGAUAAACUUGUGUUUUUGUCAAAUUUUGAAUUUAUUCCAUUUUAAAUAUCCCAUUUUCCUUUGUGAAUUACCAACAGGAUCCCACAGAUGAACGUAAACUCAUUCAUAAAUGCAGAAUUUGUUCUUAUGGCCACCAGACGGCUCAGUCAAGGUUCAAAACUGGUCCUAUGGACCUUUAACUGGGUACGGUUUAGAAACCACAACAAUCACUAAAACCUCUUUGUUUUUUUUAAUUUCUACAAGAAAUUUGUGCACAAAUCUCCAGAAUGUCAUAGAAGCUGCAGGAAAACUAAGGAGAUGUUUGGCCAAGAACAGAAUUUCUCUAGAAAUCUUAUUUUCACUAAAAAAACAUUUUACACUUAUGAUAGACAAAAAAAGCACAGUCUACUUUUCCUCUUAGACGGUUUGUUUCUAAUAUUACAUUUCAACUUAGACAUUCAUUGACUAGAAUGUUGUGGCUGAUUCCUUAACUUUAGUUUUCAUUCUAAAUGUUUCUCCCAGCCCUUUAUUAGCCUGGUUAGCUGAGCUAGCUUCACCAUAAAACACGAGUUUCUGUCUGUAGAUGGUAGUAAAUGCUGGUCCUUCCUUCGCUCUGAGCCAAAAUGCAUCCAACGUUUCUAACUCCACGACAAGUAGAGAAAUUUUGCCAUAACAUAUUCAUCCUUCCUGUUAUCUGCUGAAAGUAUCGCUCUCUCUCGCAGCCUGAAUUGAAAGCAGAUGUGUGUCGACUUGUUUUUGAAAAGUGCAGUUUGCUUUUCAACAGCUCAAGUUAGCAACCUGGACUCACUGAUUUGGGGAAAAAAAUAAAUACAUUUUUGAUAUUUUUGAGUCGUCGUCGAAGGCUGAUUGAUCUGAAAAUUGUUUGAGUCCGAUCUCCGGUUGAUUUGUCAAUCCACGUCUACACUUAUUUUUUUAAUAAGUCAAAGUUUAAAAACAAAACACUGUGUUCAUAAAACGAUGUCCGGAAAAUAUCCCGAUGAUUUCUGGCUGAACUGAAACUUCGUUAAAAAUGACUGGAGAACAGAAUUUAAUUAUUUUCUAAUUCAAAUAAUUAACUUCUAAAAAUGUGUCUUUUAGGUGUCUUUAACCUGCAAAGCAACUUAAAUCAAUUUCUAAAAUGUCUUUGUUAAAGACCUUUUCUUAUGGACUUAAAUCGUUUUGACUAAAUCUCAUUUGAAAAACUUUUUUUUUUUUUUUUGGCAACAAAAUUUGAUGAAUCUGUAACCUUAAAUCAUUAAAACGAUUCUUUAGUCAGGAAGAGGUGUACGUAUUUAAAAACAAAUUAAGGAACUUUUAUUUUCAUUUCUUAAGGAGUAGCUGGGAGAAAUCAACCAUAAUGUUUAUAUAAAUUAAAUGAUUAAUAAUUGUCACACGUGCAGGUGACUGUAACCAGAUUUGGACCUUUCUUGAAUCUUCCUGAUUUAUUGCUUAGAUCUUUAACUAAAUUUUUUUGUUCUCUCCAUUUCCUCAUGUAAAUGUAAAAGCACGACGACUUGAUUAUAAAAUCCACUGACUGUGCGUUUCGUCCCGGCUGGAAGAUAAAAAUGUCAAUAAUCUACUGGCACUCCUCUCCCAGCUGCCUCCGCCUUCCCUUUCCUCCUCUGUGAUUCUACUUCCUGUUGUGCUUUGCUCAUGCGUAGCCUCUCAGACAUGACAGCAGCGUUAGCUUUUAGCAUCUCAAUGCAACCUGGACGGCCUUUUAUUGCCCACCUUCUCCUUUUUCCACAUAACCCAGCAGCUGUGACUCAUCCGGUUUUCGACCCAGAUUUUGGUGAAAACGUGAGCAAUUUUAACACUGCAUUUAUUUUGGUUGAUUAAUUCCCUGACAGUGGAAAAACAUUAUUUUAACGGCCCAGCUCCGGUCAGAAAGGCAGGAAACGACUUCAGAUUUUUACUGCAGUAAAAAUUCCUGUGAAUCUACAACUUGUAGGAAGAGAUGGCUGGACUUCUGCUGCUCUCAGACUGAAACAAAUAAAAACUUAGCUGCUGCUCCGCUGAGACUUUAGUGUUGAUCUCUCUGCCGUUGUUUCGCCUUGUUUCAUUUGAGCCAUAGAAACUUGUCAGCUCGAAGCUCGCUAAUGUGAAAAUCCUAUUUUUUAUUUUUGUUUUUUGAGGGGACGCUGCGCGUUUCGCCGUUUCGUAUCUUUGAAGUUUUUUUGUCACUUCCAACCCGACUUGCUUUGUUCCGACUCCGGCAACCAAUAUUAGGAUCUUUUUCAUGAUUUCAGUGAAAAAUAAUUACCUGAAAGAAGUCACUUUGUUAGUUUGGUUUGAUCAGGAAUUCAUAAUCAUGACUAAUUUAUUAGUCAUUUGGCCCAAAUGGGGGAGGGUUAGGGUUAGAUUUUAUAAAAGCUAGAAAUAGUUAAAUUAUGGCUUUAUUGAUAAAUGAUCACUGUCGUCCAUGACAGGAAAUCCCUGCAAUGAUUAAUAAACUGCUGCCCUGAAGGUUUAGGACGUAGACUUGAAGUUGUGGGUUGCCAGGUGCAAAAUGGAAGAAGCUAGGGACAAAAUGACAAAGAAUAACUACAAAAUGGCCGACAUGCUUAUUUUUCCUUAAGUUUGAUGCAUUUUAUUUUUUUAUUCUUUGGUUUAUUUGUUGUUUUGAUUUUGAAAAUAAAGUGUUUCAUUGUUCCUCGCUGAAUGUUCAUGCUACAAAAGUAAAAAUAUUGUUUAGUUUUGUUUGUUUUGACUGCAUUGUUCCUUUAAGUUGUGUUAAUUAUUAGUGCUUGGCUGCCUGACGGGUUUCAGGGAAGCUGAUUGUGUGUCUGUGUAUUUACACCGAUUGAACGCGGCAUCAAAACGAAGCCAUCGGCACCAAACUCCAGUCUUACUUCUACUCAUUGUUCACAACAUCAUGGACGUCAUCGUCAGUAUUCCAGCGAAAUGUGUUCAGAGGACGUUCAUGUUGCAUUUAAAUCAGUUUUAUCCAGAACAAACGGGCUUUCUUUAAAUGAUCAGGAUGUUUUUUGAUUUUUUUCCAGGUUUUUUUUAGAUCUCAGUGGAACCUCAGAUGGACGGAGUUAAUUUGUAGCACUGUGAAAAAACACAAUGUUGCAAGCUAAUCCUGUGUCUUUCCCAGGACGGUGGAGCAGAAGGACCCGCAGGCCUCCACUCUUUGCCUCUGUGCAGCUAAAGUUGUGCAUCAGAUCACUUUAUAAGUUAUUUCAUUUGUAUUUGUUGGCACGUUAUUUGUGUUUUUCUCAAACCUGCUUUUGCUCGAUAGUCUGUUCAACUGGAAAUUGUAUUUGAUUUCAGUUGUUACGGCAAAAUACUAGAUUGUUUUCAGUUUGCAGCUGAAGAUGCUCUUCAUGUUUCAUUGUUACAAAAGAUAUGAUACGGUAUUUAAGGACAGUAGACGGACUGAACCUCUGACCCUUUUUUUAGGUGAUUAUUGUUUUUGUUUUGUUUUGUUUCUGCAGCCAAACUCUUAUGCAAGCACAAGGAGUUGUUUUUCGAUCAAAGCAGCUCGUCCUCAUGUCUGGUUCUGUAUGAAUUGACCCACUGAUGCCAAUAAAAACAAACUUAUUAAUAGCA